CCUCCCUCAGGGGCGGCUCCCAGGGUUCCCCGCCCUGCCCCGGCGCGCUGCUCCGGCCCCGGCCCAGACCGAGAUGGCAACACUCGAUGGCGACGCUCGAUGGCACCGGCGGCGCGUGCCGGCGGCACCGCCCGCCGCGCCCGCGGCCCGCUUCGGGACUACAACACCCACAGUGCCCCGCGGCGGCCGCGGCGGUUCCGGGCGGCGGCGGCGGCGGCACCUCCUCGGCGCCGCGCCCGGUGUAUGGCGGUGGUGCGGAGCAUGGGCCCCGAGCGCGUCUGUCCCCGGGAGCCAGGGCCGCCGGAGGGCCCUGACGGCGCGGCGGGAUGGAGCGGCGAUGAGGAGGAGGAGGAGGAGGAAGAGGAGGAGGGCGGCGGGUACUUGUAUCAGCCGCUGAGCCAGGAACCGGAGCAGGGCCUCGGCGAUGCGGGCCCCGGCCUGCAGGAGCGGCUGCAGAUGCUGAGGCUGCACCUGCCCGACCCGCCGGUGGACAGCGAGGAGGAGAAUGAGGAGGAGGCAGCGGAAGGCGCCACGGCUCAGAGCAGCCACAGCUCCAUCCCCAUGGAUGCAGAGCAUGUGGAACUGGUGAAGAGGACGAUGGCCAGUGUGAAGCUGCCCACCCUGGGCAUCCCUGCCUGGGCCAGCCAGAUCUCGGAGGAGCAGUGGAAGGACGUGGUGCAGCGCACGCUGCAGGCCCGGCAGAGCCUCGGUGGCCCCCGGCCUCAGUGGAAUUGAGGGCUGGGCUGUGGCACAGGGGCUGCAAACCCCAGCCCUCCCUCCACCCUGAAAAUGCCCAGUGCCUCCGAGACACAGUAUCAACCUUCCAGUUUGUCCCACUGACAUUGUCUGAUUUUCCUUCCCACUCCUUUUUCUGGGUUCUGGCUGGUGCAUAAGUCAAUGUGAUGACCUUAUGUUGGCUUCCUCUACCUCUGAGGAAGAUUGGUUUCCAUGCCUGGAUGCAUAUGGGGCGAUGGGGCUUGGCUGGCUUUGCCCAGAUUCCCUCAGGACAAACACUGGACUCGGCCCCAUGCUGACAGUACCAGAGAAGUCACUCUCCAGGCUAGGGCCCCUCCUCAGGAUAGGGUCUGUGUGUUGGAAUAUCACAGGUGCAGCAAGAUGUGUCAUUCCAAGAGAUUGGUUUUAUUUAGUUCUGUACAUACAGGGACAUCUGUACAAAAUCCAACACUUUCAUACUAUGUAAUGCUCUACUGAAAAUAAAGUACACCAUAUGUACAUAUGAA